AUGGGAAAGGUAACACAAGUGAUAGCGCUACUAUUGUGCUCUUUAGUAGCAGCCAAGUUUGUUGAAGGACUAAAAGAUGGAUUGGGUAGCUCUAGUAGCAGCUCCAAUGCUUUUGGCAAGGCAAAGUCAGAUUUGUUUGGAAGUAAUAGUGACUCGGGAGCUACAGGAAAUAGUCGCGGUACCGGUAGUGGAAUAGCUGGGCUCUUAGGAAGUUCUGGUUUAGGAGGGCUAGGAGGUGGCCAAGGGGGCUCAAGAGGCAGUGGUGGCUCCCAAGGUGGUUCUGGGAGCGGUGGACAAGGAUCUGGCGGCAAUUCUGGAGGAUUUGGGGGUAGUCAGGGAUUUGGGGGCGCUGGUGGUAACUCUGGCGGAAGUGGAGGGAGCUCAGGAGGAUAUGGCGGCAAUCAGGGCUCUGGCGGUAGUGGAGGGAGUUCUGGUGGCAAUGGAGGGAGUUCCGGAGGAAGCCAAGGGUCAGGUGGCAGUGAAGGAAGUUUUAGUGGAGGCCAAGGUGGCAGUGGGGGGAGUUUCGGUGGAAGUCAAGGGUCAGGUGGCAGAGGGGGGAGUUUCGGUGGAAGCCAAGGGUCGGGUGGAAGCGGGGGUUCCUCUGGAGGGAACGGUGGAAACGAAGGCUCAGGUAGCUACGGGGGCAGCACAGGGGGAUCAGGUGGAAGCCAAGGGUCAGGUAGUAGCGGAGGGAUCUCUGGUGGGUUCGGCGAAAGCCAAGGAUCAGGUAAAAGUGGCGGUGGAUCUGGAGGUGGUUACGGAAGCCAAGGAGGAUUCAGUGGCAACCAAGGAGGUUCAAGUGGAAGUGGCGGUUCGGGAACCGGAGGCCAGGAAGGUUAUGGCGCAGGAAGUUUUGGUAGCCAGGGGGGUUCAAGUGGCGGAUUCGGUCAAAAUAGGGGAUUCAAAUCGAAAUACUAA